UCCUACAGUUCCACAAACUCUUCAGCCCGGAAAUUCGUGUAGUUUACGUAGGAGUAACUUUAAUGUUAGUCAACCGACUGUCUUGUAUAUACAUGGUUACAGCGAACGGUCUCCUGGAAUAAGCGGCUCCAGUAUAAAAAAUGGUUGGUAGAAUAACUGGACUGGAUGCGGCUUAUCCUUUGUAUAUGAAUACUGGAGCUGAAGGACAUUUAACUGCCGCCGACGCCGAAUUCGUCGAUCUUAUACACACUGACGGCGGUGUCCUCGGUUUCCCUAUUCCCUUGGGCCACGCAGACUUUUACCCGAAUGGUGGCAGGCCAUUACAGCCUGGCUGCAACCUCGAGAAUGUCCUUGCCAUGGGCAUCAGCAAAAUUAUUAAUCGAUAUAUUACAUGUAGUCACCAUCGGGCCUGGCGCUUCUACGUCGAAUCCAUAACCGACCCGACGGGAUUCCCUGCGAGUCGCUGUCCCAAAUGGCGCCCGGAUAUCCGCGUUCAUUGCCGCUGGACACCCGAUGCUCUCAUGGGUUACGCCGCGAAUCCGCGUAUCAGAGGGAUGUACUAUCUACGCACCAACGCCAAUCCACCCUACGCCCGUAAUAUUACCGGCUAUUGUUAAUAGGAUGGGCUAUUAUUGAAAGAAGAAAUUGUCUGACUAUGAAUACGGAAUCUGAUUUAUUUAUCAAGUUCAAUUGGUAAACAUAAUACUGAAUUAAAAUGUU